CGGCAGAAGGACCCACCCUGCCCCCCACCCCACCCUCCGCCGGCUCCGGCUGCGGCUCCUGCCUCAACUAUUAUUUUAUUUAUUUUGGGUCGUGCACCAGCCUCAGUGCCUGCAGCCCGCGCCUCCACGGACCGCGGGCGCCUCUUCCCUCGGCCCCGGAGCCCCAGACCCCGGCCACCUUCUCCUCGACUCCCCUAGAACCCGCCAGCUGUCGCGAGUCUCCGCUGCUGGAAUCUUAGCGGCUGUCUUUUUGGGGGGUUCUGGUUUCCCGACAUUUUUGUUUUCGGCCAAGGGAAGGAUAUCGUGGUUUUUUCCCCUUUGAGCCCAGGCUCUGCUCUCUGGGGGGGUGGGGGGCGCGCCGAGCCGGGGAGCCGUGCCAGCCGAGUCGUGCGGGCUGUGGCAGGGAAGGGGCCACCAUGGGAUGUACUCUGAGCGCAGAGGAGAGAGCCGCCCUCGAGCGGAGCAAGGCGAUUGAGAAAAACCUCAAAGAGGAUGGCAUCAGCGCCGCCAAAGACGUGAAAUUACUCCUGCUGGGGGCUGGAGAAUCAGGAAAAAGCACCAUUGUGAAGCAGAUGAAGAUCAUCCAUGAAGAUGGCUUCUCUGGAGAAGACGUGAAACAGUACAAGCCUGUUGUCUAUAGCAACACCAUCCAGUCCCUGGCAGCCAUCGUCCGGGCCAUGGACACUUUGGGCAUCGAAUAUGGUGACAAGGAGAGAAAGGCUGACGCCAAGAUGGUGUGUGACGUGGUGAGUCGGAUGGAAGACACCGAGCCCUUCUCUGCAGAACUGCUCUCGGCCAUGAUGCGGCUGUGGGGUGACUCAGGAAUCCAGGAAUGCUUCAACAGGUCUCGGGAGUAUCAGCUCAACGAUUCCGCCAAAUACUACCUGGACAGCCUGGAUCGGAUUGGGGCCGCCGACUACCAGCCCACCGAGCAGGAUAUCCUCCGAACCAGGGUCAAAACCACUGGCAUCGUGGAAACCCACUUCACAUUCAAGAACCUCCACUUCAGGCUGUUCGACGUCGGGGGCCAGCGAUCUGAACGCAAGAAGUGGAUCCACUGCUUCGAGGACGUCACAGCCAUUAUCUUCUGCGUCGCGCUCAGCGGCUAUGACCAGGUGCUCCAUGAAGACGAGACCACGAACCGCAUGCACGAGUCCCUGAAGCUUUUCGACAGCAUCUGUAACAACAAAUGGUUCACAGACACGUCCAUCAUCUUGUUUCUUAACAAGAAGGACAUAUUUGAAGAGAAGAUCAAGAAGUCCCCGCUAACCAUCUGCUUCCCUGAAUACACAGGCCCCAGUGCCUUCACGGAGGCCGUGGCUUACAUCCAGGCCCAGUACGAGAGCAAGAACAAGUCCGCCCACAAGGAGAUCUACACCCACGUCACCUGCGCCACCGACACCAACAACAUCCAGUUUGUCUUUGACGCCGUGACGGACGUCAUCAUCGCCAAAAACCUGCGGGGCUGCGGCCUCUACUGAGCCCUAGCCUCGCCGACCAGCUGCCCGCCUCCCUGCCUGGACUGCCGCCCUGCCCCUCCCCCAGGACCAGAGCUCCGUCACCUCACAGACCACUCUCUGCACUUGACCAAGAAGCGCCAGCCACUGGCACUGAGGAGGAAGGAGGAAGCCCCCUCCGCCAGCCGCCCCUCCCCCAGACAUCAGAAGGCGUGGUAACCCGUGGGCUGGGUGGGGGUGCCGAGUGCCCGCACCACUGGCCUCCGCUUCAUCUCUGAGUGUUGUGUCCUGGGGAGAGGGGUGUGGGGGCCCAGGUCCCCCUUUAGUCCAGAAUGGGCAUGCACUGCACUUGGUGACUCAUACUCAAAGUCCCAGGGUCU